CAUAACAAGUGACCUCUCCGAGCUGGAACUCCACCUGUUGAAAUCCCAGGAUUUGAUGAUAGUUAGAGGAAAGAGAAACAGGCCUGUGCCAGUUUUGAUUCCUGAUGAUACCAAAGGUCUCCUGGACUUCGUUACAAGGCAUGAUGUGCGCAAAGAGGCUGGGAUUCUUCCAACCAAUAAUUUCCUUUGCGGGACUACAGGAAAUGGACCUGUAAGGAGCUACGACUCCUUAAAGAGUGUAAGCAAGGAGCUCUCUCUGUCCCACCCUGAGAGAAUCACUAGCGUGACUCUACGAAAGUACACAGCAACUCUCACACAGGUGUUGUCUCUAAAAGAUACCGAACUGAACUGGGUUUGUGACCACCUGGGCCACUCCAAGAAGACACAUCUCCAACACUAUCGCCAGCUAUCAGGAGUGGUGGAACGCCUGCAGGUGGCAAAGUUAAUGAUGAUCCAGGACAUGAAUCUGUCAAACAAGUUCAUGGGGAAGAGCUUGUCAGAAAUCCAGUUUGAGGAUGUUGUUCUUCUCAAAGAUGAGGCUUUUAACUCACCAGAAAUUGAGUGCCUUGAGGACACCACUGUACAGCUGCCAGAUGUAGGAGGAGCAACAUGCAGCUCAACACCUGAUGAUAACUUCGCAUUUGAGGAGGGUGAUAGUGAAGAUGAGGAAGAAAUGGUUGUUCAGAAGAGGCGACCUCCAAGGCGUACAAAUAGAGUGCCUUGGACAAAAAAAGAAGUUUCAGAAAUUCAUGAGUACUUUGGAGAUCACCUCAAGUCCAAAACAACCCCAAGAGGAAGGGAAGUCGAAAAGACAUUGAAAAGAAUGUCCAGAAACGGUUGUGAAUGUGUUCGUCGGAAUCCUCACCUUAUAAUAAAAAAGAUAUCUGCAAUGAACCAUAAAUGAAUGUCUAGUAUGUGUAGCGAAGUGUUAAGAUGUAUUAGGUGAGUGAGGACCUUUAUAAGUACUGAAAAUGUAGUCUGCAUUGAUAACUAAUGAGUUUAAUUGCCUUUACUGUACUGUAAUGGCAAAAGUUUUUUUAAAUCAUGAGAGAUCAUGACUUUUGUGUUGAACUUUUACUUUCGAACAACCCCAAGAAGAAGGGAAGUCGUAAAGAAAUUAGAAAGAAUGUCCAGAAAGGGUUGUGAAUGUGUUGGUCGGAAUCCUCACCUUAUAGGCUUAUAAUAAAAAAGAUAUAUGCAAUGAUCCAUAAAUGUGUAGCGAAGCGUUAAGAUGUAUUAGGUGAGUGAGGACCUUAAUAAGUACUAAAAAUGUAGUCUGCAUUGAUACUAAGGAGUUUAAUUGCCAUUACUGGACUAAAGUGAUAGUGGCAAUUUUUUUAUUUUUUUUUAAUUCAUGGGAGAUCAUGACUUUUGUGUUAAACGCUUACUUUCAACUUUUUCUCUUAAUUCCAGUCAAUAUUAUUUUAUCUGGAUGUGUAAGAGACACUCAAAUGAAAGAAAAUGUGUCGGUGGUUAGUUGUCACUUUGGAUUUGUUAUUCCUUGCUACUUUUUUCGAAAUAUGCAACACGAUUAGAUAUCUUUCAGAAUUGACUGCACCCUGAUUUUCUUUGUUCUGUUAAAAAGUGUUCUUUUCUUACAAUUAUCAUCAAUGUCUAUGGACUAUAUCGGGGGAUGUCAAUAUAUUAAUGACUGCUGUAAAUAGAGGCAUUUCCAUUCCCUAAGUUAUCUGAUGACUAUGACUGGAAAACAUAUUAUAAAAUAACUUUCAUUAAUGGCAUAAAAUGUAUGAAGGACAUUAUUUUACAGGGUUAAACCAUAUUUUAUUAUUUUUUGCAAGAUAUUGAAUCACUGGUUAACUGUCACACUCCAACACUGACAUAAUUUGAAAGAGUAGGAUAUUCUGAUGUUAUUGAUAUUUGGUAAAUAUUCAUAUUAAUUCAUCAUCUUUGGAAAUAAAAUGUUAUAUACUUUUUGUGACAAUGAUUUACCGUAAAUUGGGAUAUUUUGGUGUUGGGAAUACAUUGUAUUUGGUGCUUUUUAGUCAAAACGGGGUGAUUUUAUUUUGGUUCGUCUAAAAUUCGGCAUUUCCAUCAUCUGUGUGUCAAAAUUUGGCGUUUUCAACAUCCGUGUGUCAAAUUGUAUCCAGCUCCCCCUUAUCCAAAAUAUCCCAAUUUACGGUAUCCUAACCAGGACUGCAGGAGCCUAAAUUUUGUGAUUGAAUUGUGUCUUUAAAAAGGCCUUAGACUGAAUGUAUAAAAGAUGGAAAUCAGUGAAAUAUAUUUGAAAUAAUCUUAAUCAUAUAAACUGUUGUGGUUUAUUUUAUUCUGACCCAGAUCAAAGCCAUCAACAAUGAUGACUUAAAAGAAAUGGAAUACAUCUAUGGCUUGUUAACUGAAGUUAGACAGACCUCCACAUAUAUAUAUGGUGAUGGGGGGAAAUCUCACCUGAAAAUGGUGUUAGGAUUUUUCUAUACUAUUCCUAGGGACUUCGAUUGGUUUCAUAUGCUCUGAAUAUUGUA